AUGGAUGAGACAGAAUGGAAUGAGAGAGAGUGCCUUAAUGAGAGAGAAUUGAAUGAGAGAAAGCGCCUUAAAGAGACAGAAUUGAUAGAGAGAAAGCGCCUUAAAGAGACAAAAUCGAAUGAGAGGCAGCGCCUCAAAGAGACAAAACCGAAAGAGAGACAACGCCUUAAUGAGACAGAAUUGAAAGAGAGAAAGCGACUUAAAGAGACAGAAUCAAAUGAGAGACAGUGCCUUAAAGAGACAGAAUCAAAUGAGAGAAUUCGACUUAAAGAGACAGAAUUGAAAGAGAGAAAGCGACUUAAAGAGACAGAAUCAAAAGAGAGAAAGUGCCUUCAAAGAGACAGAAUCGUAUGA